AUGGCAGCAGAGUUUUGUGCUGAAUGCACAAUAUUCAAGGAGAGUUUCGAGAGCCUUAGCGGAGACUACUCAGAGGAAACUCAUCGAACACCAUUCAGAAACUUUGCCUCCUUGGAGAGCUCAGCGCUUCUGGGUUGCUCCCUAUGUCAGAUCAUCUUUCAAACGUGGCAUUCCGAUAGAUAUUUUAAGAUAUAUAAGAAUCAUUCACUUAUUCAAGUUAAGGGAUAUGUCUGGGAUAAAGACGAUUCUGAAAACGAUUCUGAAAACGACUCUGAAAACGAUACUGAAAACGACAUUGGACACAGUUUCGAAUCUAAAAUCCAAGGGAUCUAUAUUUGCUAUGAGGAUUCUAAUACUGGUUUUACCUUAUAUGACUUCACCGAUGCUGGAAUUAGUAUGGAACAAUUCAGCGAAUACCAAAACGCAUCCUGUCAGAUAAUCGAUCCCAAUGCCCCUGACAGCAUUAGCCAGAUCGUUUCUUUGGCUUCCAAAUGGGUUCAAAACUGUCGCCAGACACACCAGAAUUGCGGAUCUUAUCACACUAAGACGGAACCUAAAGUAUUACCAACAAGACUUAUCGAUUAUAUUGCUCUGAGUUAUGCAUGGGGCUCGACGGGCAACUUCGUCAAGACGACAGCCUCAAAUCUGGAAGCUAUGACUCAACGCCUGCCAUGGCCUCAACUACCCAAGACAAUUCAGGAUGCUAUCAUGGUUACACGAAGGCUCGGCGUUAGGUACAUCUGGGUAGAUGCCCUAUGUAUCUUGCAAAGUGAGGGACCGGAUGAUAUGAGUCAUAAGGAAGAUUGGUCAUAUGAAGCAGCUCGAUUUGGACAAUAUUACGAAAAUGCUUUGUUGACCAUAGCCGCAACUGGAGCCAGCUCUUCCGAUGAUGGAUUAUUGUUACCGAGGCCAAUACUGAGAUUUGAACCAAAGUCUAUUACGUUUCGGCCAGGAAAGGCUUUGAGCUAUACUAUUCGAUCAAGCAUACCUAGUUGGCUUUCUGAGACCUAUUUUGGGCCCCUUUCUGAACGGGGAUGGGCCAUACAGGAACGUCUUCUAUCGAGAAGAGUUCUGCACUUUGCCGAAAAUAUGAUACUUUGGGAGUGUCAUGAUCGCCGAGCAACCGAACUCGAUCCGCAAGGGUUGAACCCUAAUGGCCCAGAAGACUUGAAUUUAUUAUUUAUUGAAUUCAUGACAAAGUGUCGAGAUCUUUACGCCAAGGGUCUGGAAUCUGAUGAUUUCAUGGACGAAUGGUACGCCUUUAUCGAGAUGUAUUCAGAAACUAUCAUUCAACAACACACUCAACAGAGAUACGUUGCAGGGUUGUGGGAGUCAGAUAUUCCUAGAGGCCUGACGUGGCAGGCCCUCGGUCCUUUUCGUUUCGAUACAACGCAACUAGUCGAUCCUCCAAUCAUCGGUAAACCGGUAAAUUUAGAUACACAGGUUAUAUUGCCUUCUUGGUCCUGGGCAGUUUGUAGAAGCUAUGUUCGGUAUUUUUGUGACAAUGACUGGAAACCAUUGGUGGAAGUGGAGUCCUGGGAAAUCGACUCACAAGGAACAAGCACUUCAGGGCAAUUGCGUGGAGCAAGGCUAACAGUUCGCGGAUACUUAGGAAUGCUCAAUCUAGCUGACUUGGGCUUUGUGCCCCAUGCAAGUACUGACAUAGCGGAUCAUGUAUUGGGGCGUGAUCCAGAAGAGGGCCAUACUGACUUCUGUGAGCUUGUAUGUAUGGAUGCAAAAAUGGAUUCCCAAGUCAGACAUCUGUCCCAUCCUUGCCUUCUUAUUGGAAAAACAAAUACUUCUACCCCGAGUUUUGGUAGACAGACUGCUGGAGGGGCUAUUAUUCUUCAGGCGACUGGACGCUGUUUAGGCCUCAUUAAGGAGUACAGGAGGAUUGGAUUUAUAUCUCUUCCAAUUGAAGAGUGCUUGUCUAAUUUCAAUAACGUGAUGACAACAGUUAUCUUAAUAUAA